AUGUUUGCUUCUGCGACGGCUGUUUCACAGAUUGCUAAUACGAAUGUUAAUGAUGCUGAUAAACAAGAAGAUACAAAGGUUCCGAGAGAUUACGAGUUGCAGUUACAAAUGCAAAUGGCUGCUGCUACUGGGAUUGGACCACAGUUGCCUACUGUUACAUCUCAACCGCAACCGCCAAGUGUGCUGAAUAAUGGCGAUGCAUCAACAUCGACCGUAAAUCAUGAAAGUGCACCAAAGCGAUUACAUGUAUCAAAUAUUCCGUUUCGAUUCAGAGACCAUGACCUAAAAGCUAUGUUCGAAAAAUUUGGGCCAGUUACUGAUGUUGAAAUUAUAUUUAAUGAACGCGGAAGUAAGGGUUUCGGUUUCGUAACUAUGGAAAGAUCUGCUGAUGCUGAAAAAGCUCGGCAAGAAUUACAUGGAUCAACUGUGGAAGGACGAAAAAUUGAGGUAAUUUUGAUGCACUUUGGUGAAUAA